UACAUGAAACAGCUGAUCGGAAAAUCUGUGUUAAGUUUGAUAAAUAUUUAUGCAUCCAAACAUUGAAAUUAAAUAAACUUUGAAUUUAUAGUUUCAAGCAGACUUACUAAAAUUUUGAAAAUAUUUAAUGUUUGCCAAAUACAAAAUAAAGUGAAGCACGGCAGAAUGGAAAAAGGAACGAUCUUGUUAUUAAUUGGUUGUGUGCAGAUUUUGCAUUGUCUGAUUUUGGUAAAUAGUGAAAAUGGCAUAGCAACGUCAUCAGAGCAAAAUGCAUUGACAAAUAAUACGGCAAAAAAUAACGCAGAGUCUUUGCCACAAUUAUUAAAUACAACGGGAAGCAAUGCCAAGACUCGCAAUGUAAAACCAACUGGAACGGAAAACAACACGAAAAGUGCAAAUGUACCGAUAGAUCGAAAUAACAAUAAGACGGAGGCGUUAGGAAAAAACGAUGUGGCUACUAUAAAUUCGGAAAACAAAGAAGUAAACCCUCAAAAUUCUACCACUAACCUUGGUGUAAUAACAGUGAAUGCAACAGAAAUCCUAAAGGACAAGUUAAAAACAACAAUUUUAAAACCGGGAGUCCAGAACGAAAAUAACACGCAAUCAUCAAAUAAAACAACGGAAAUAAAAUAUAUUACGAAACCAACACCAACUACCGCAUCAACCAAAGGAAAAACCGUAUCCAGUAAUUCAACUGCUACUACAACCACCAAAGCCACCACAACCACCACCACUACGACCACACCCAAGCCAAAGAAACCAAGCAUCACUUUUGGACUUGGUGAUUUCCCAAUUUUGCCAGGAGAGUCGAACGUUAUAAAUGCGAUGGUAGCAUCUAGCUCAAAACUGCCAGUGGCUAAUGACCCCGUGGUGCCACCGAAUGUGCAACCGUCACAAGAGUUAAACAAUGGAUUCAACUAUUACAGCAGCCGAGAUUAUAUAGUACCCAUAAUGACAGUUCUCUUCACAAUACCCUUGGCAAUUGGAGUUGUUAUUACCACUUAUCGCCGUUUCCGCGAUUGCUGGUCUACGCGACAUUAUCGCCGAAUGGAUUUCUUGGUUGAUGGCAUGUACAAUGAUUGACAAAUGGAUACUAAAGAUAUAUCCGAUAUCACCAUCGGAAAAUAUGAAGCAGAGACGGAUAAUGAUAAUGCUGUAGAUAUUGCACAGCAAAUAUUACCACAAAGCACAAUAAAAAUAUCUUAAUACAUAGUAGUUGUGACAUAAGAGAGUGAGAUUCGAUAAGUAAUAGUUAAAAACAAACCUCUAUUAGUUUUUUUACAAACAUUUUUAAAAUCGGCAUUUGUUUCAAAAUUGCGAAAACUUCGUAAUUUGAAAACCAAACCAAUUAUGUUUCGGCUUAUGAAUAUUUACGGGCAUUCAUGAAAUGAAAAUCUUCUGUUAAAAAAGUAUCUCUUUGUACUUUGUACGAAAACGUUUAAACUACUGUUGUCUUGAAAAAUGUUUAUUUUAUAAAAAACAAUCGUGCAAUUGUACGUUAAAAUUAAUUCAAACGAUAUCUACAAUUGUAUCAUUUUGAGAUAAGCAUUUUUAUUUAUCAUAUUGCAAAUUAGCGUGCGUUGAUUAAAGAAAAAUUCGUUUUUUAAGUAAUCAAAAUUUGAGCCAAAUUCUUUAAAUAGAAAACAAGUAUAGUAUAUGUAUAUGGUGCAAUUAUAGAGCUCAAAAAUUACCAAAUCUUAUAUUAAUAAAUGUAUUACACUCAAACAUAGCAUUUAUAGAAAGUAAAAGCACAUACUUUUAAAAAAAUUUUUGAGAAAUGCUAAAAAUAUAAAAUUAGAUCACUAGGUUUGAGUUACCCAUUCUUUAAUUGGCUUCCAUAUUGAUUAUUAAAAGAAAUAUAUAAAAUAUAUUUUUCUUUUCAGUGACAAUAAUUUAAAACCAAAUUAAAAACAAUAAAGAUUGAAGUCAUUAAUAUUGAAAUUAGUAUUGCUAAUACAUGUAAGCAAUUAUAAAAAAAUGUAGAUUUGAAAGUGCCUUAUAAAUGCUAAGGCAUUUAUUUCAUAUAGGGUACGUCUGAUAUUUGUGUAUAGUUAUUAAGAAAACAUAAAAAAUGAAAUUUAAAAAUAAAAAUUAAU